AUUAAUGCAACAAAUAAAAGUGAAAAAAUAAAAUAAAAAUCCCAACCAAAAAUCCAAACCUCAGAAGUCCCCACCACAACCAGAAACCCUUCAGAGCCCAGAAAGACCACAAUCCUUUUUCUUUACUACGUCCACGUGCUUUUCAUGCUCGAUCGUCUUCUUCCACCUAGCCUACUCUACAUCCCCCACCCCCCUCGGCGCACGUUAGCCACCUUCACCACGCCUGUCAAAACCCUAAUGUCCAUUUUCAGCUCUCUUUCCUCUUUAUAGUUUAGCCUCUGUGCCAUACUUUAUUGCUCUCUUAUUUUGUGAAUCUAAUUCAUUUCCUUUUAAGAAAUAAAUAAUUAGAGAAAAUGAUGGGAUCAGAAAACCAGAGCUUUGGAGAAGCCCAUCUGUACGCAUCCCGAGAAGAAAUGGAAAAUCUUGUAUUGGAUGAGCCAUCAUCCAAUACGGGCAAUAACAGUUAUCGCACUGCCAUGUCAUCGGUUACCGAUACUCAUCAUCACCCUCUCUCUGAUCCCUUGCUUCGAAACCCUAACGUCAGCGCUCCUGAUAACUCCUCCUAUAUCGAACCGCCGGCUUAUGCUGAUGUCAUAUUCAGUCCAUUUGAUGAGAACACAGUCAACGAAAUCAACGGUGGUGGUGUUGAUAGCCCUAGUAAUAGGUCUUCAGAUUCUUGUGCUUCUUUGUCAAGAUCACCCUCUGCCACUUCUGAUUAUAUCAAGAUUACAGUCUCGAAUCCGCAGAAAGAGCAAGAGACUACGAAUUCACUUGUUCCGGGAGGUAAUACUUUUGUUACAUAUUUAGUUACCACGAGGACUAACAUUCCGGGGUUUAAUGGAUCUGAAUUUAGUGUCCGGAGGCGAUUUAGAGAUGUAGUUACAUUAUCAGAUCGAUUAGCGGAGUCAUACAGAGGCUUUUUUAUACCACCGAGGCCGGACAAGAAUGUUGUUGAGAGCCAAGUGAUGCAAAAACAGGAGUUUGUGGAGCAGAGGAGGGUGGCAUUGGAGAAGUACUUGAGGAGAUUAGCGGCGCAUCCUGUGAUUAGGAAAAGUGAUGAAUUGAAGGUGUUUUUACAAGUUCAAGGGAAGCUGCCGUUGCCAACGAGUACUGAUGUGGCGUCAAGGAUGCUUGAUGGUGCUGUUAAGUUGCCAAAGCAGUUGUUUGGAGAGAGUGGUGCUGUGGCACCACACGAGGUUGUGCAGCCCGCCAAAGGCGGGAGGGAUUUGUUGAGACUGUUUAAGGAGUUGAAGCAGUCUGUCGCCAAUGAUUGGAGUGGAUCAAAGCCACCGGUUGUCGAGGAAGAUAAAGAGUUUUUGGAGAAUAGAGAGAGGAUGCAGGACCUUGAGCAGCAACUCAGCAACGCUUCUCAGCAGGCCGAAUCACUAGUGAAAGCUCAACAAGAUAUGGGGGAAACAAUGGGAGAAUUAGGAUUAGCAUUUAUUAAAAUGACUAAAUUUGAGAAUGAAGAGGCUAUCUUUAACUCCCAGAGAGUGAGGGGUGCUGACAUGAAAAAUUUGGCCACAGCCGCUGUCAAAGCAAGCAGAUUCUACCGGGAGCUAAAUGCACAGACUGUCAAGCAUUUGGAUACUCUUCAUGAAUAUCUUGGGCUGAUGUUAUCUGUCCAUGGAGCAUUCUCAGACCGUUCUAGUGCUCUAUUGACUGUGCAAACCCUCCUAUCUGAAUUGUCCUCAUUGCAAUCAAGGGCUGAAAAACUUGAAGCAGCAUCUUCAAAGAUUUUUGGUGGUGACAAGUCACGGAUUCGCAAGAUAGAGGAGUUGAAAGAUACCAUAAGAGUUACUGAGGAUGCGAAAAAUGUUGCAAUAAGAGAGUAUGAACGGAUUAAGGAGAAUAAUAGGACUGAACUAGAAAGGCUUGACAGAGAAAGGCACGCAGACUUCUUGAACAUGUUAAAGGGGUUUGUUCUUAAUCAGGUGGGAUAUGCUGAGAAAAUUUCAAACGUGUGGGCAAAGGUUGCAGAUGAGACCAGUGCAUAUACAAAAGAGAACACUUAAAUGUGCGAAUGUAAAUUCAUUCAGAUCUUGAACUCUUACUUCUCUUUCCUUUAUGCUCACUGCUAGGAAAUAUUACCACAUUGAUACAAUAAGGAAAAGAGAAUCCACUUGUAGCUUAUUCAAUUAUACUUUCAGGUUGUCUAUUAAUGAGGUUGUCAACACACCAUAAAAUGAGAAGUUUUAGUUUGAUGUUGUAAUUUGCUUUGUUUUCUUAUAUGAAGUACGGAGGUUUUCAA